GGCGCUAGCGUGUUAUAACAUCUUACUACAUUUACUAGUCUUCUAGACGAAGAACUAGGCCCAAAUAGAAAGUCAAUGAACCGUCUGUUCAUUGUGUGCUUUGGUCGAAAUGAUGUACUUAAGGUUCUUAGUACCUCAGACAUGGAAAAAACAACAGGACCGGAUGAGCUACAACCCAAAAUCCUCAGACAAAUUGCACAAUAUAUUGCAGCCUCACUAACUGUGAUAUUCAAUAUGUCACUUGGCCAAGGUGUGUUACCUACGAACUGGAAGGAUGCAAUCGUCACUCAAAUACAUAAAACAAGACCAAGACAACUUCUAUCGAACUACAGAUCUGUCAGCCUCACCACUGUCGUAGUUAAUGGGAAGAAUAGUUAAAAAUACCAUAAUGACAUUCGUGAAAACCAACAACUUGUUAAACAGCGAACAACAUGGUUUCAGGAAAGGUUUAUCUUGCACAACAAACCUCCUUAU